CUGUUCUCCAUGUCAGUCUUUCUGCCACGGAAGCUGCCAACCCCUCCCCCGAAGGCUGAGUCCUUGCCCAACCUCUUCAUCCCUGGGUUAAGCAAGCAGACAACAAUUGGUGGACUUAGGGAAGCUUUUCGAAUGUCUGGUGAAGUUGGGCAUGUAUCAUCUUCAAAAAGUUCAAGGUGGUAUAUGAUCAACUCAAACCGUUCAGGUUCUCUGACAGUGCGUAAAGAAGGCCGCAAAGUACUUCCUUCUUCAAUAAGGCCAUCUGCAUCUUACUCCACACAAGCUUCAGAAAACAGACCAAAGCAGGUGAGAACAGACUUGACUACCUAUAAUAUACCUGAGAAGCCAGUGACAUUUGCUGAGGGGGCAUCUUACAGUGUUGUAAUACUUGCUGGGCUUGGAGUUGCUGCGUUGGCAGGAUAUGCUGUUUGCAAAGAGCUUACAUUUGAACCAAAAGAGUACACAAUUUUCGGGAAAGCUCUAGCAAGAGUUCAGAGUGAUAGUCAGGUUACGGCCAAAAUUGGUUACCCUAUAACUGGUUAUGGUACGGAAUCCAGAAACCGUGCAGCUCGGCAGCGCAUUUACAACACGGUUUGGACAUACGAGCAUGGUGUUGAACAUGUGGAGGUAGCAUAAAUUCAUGUCU